AUGAAUUUACUGAAACAAACUAGCUGCUUUAACAAGAAUGUGAUAUAUUGGAAAUUGCUUGGAAUAUAUCCCCUGAAAGUCGAAUGGAAAUUUUAUAAUUGGUAUUCAAAAAUAUUUGUUUCCAUUUUCGUAUUGUUAUUCGAUGGACUACAUACAAUAAAUUUUUAUUUUAUGAAACGGAAUUUAGAUAAUUUUAUUGAAGAAAUGAUAUUUUACUUCACGGAAUUAUCGGUUAUGUCGAAAGCACUAACAUUUAUGCUAAUGAGGGAAAGAAUUAAGACAAUAUUGGAGAUAUUGGAUAGCGAGACGUUUCAACCCAAAAGUGAAGUUGAAAUGCAGUUGAUUACAAACGCAAAGAAUUUUAACGUUAAGUACUGGAAAAUUGUAGCCGUGGUCUCAUAUUGUUCAUAUAUUUUUCAUAUUGUAUAUCCAUUUAUUGUUCACUUCCUUUUACAAGUUCCACUUAUUUUGCCUGUCUGUAGUUAUUCUUUUCUACCAGAACGUUUUACGGAAACUUUUUUAUAUCCCCUAUAUAUCUACCAAGCUCUCGGUAUACAUAUGAAUAUGCUGUAUAAUAUUAACAUUGAUACAUUUUUCUUGGGUCUUAUGAUUUUGAUUAUAGCUCAGUUAAAAAUCUUAGAAAAGAAACUAAUGACAGUUACUGAUAUCUGUAAAAAACACAAAUAUAACAAUAUUUUAUACCCAAAAAAUGGACAAAGUAGUGAAAAAAAUAUGAUUAAUCAAUUAAAUAAAUUAAUCAUCCAUUACGACGAGGUAACAAAAUUUUGCGCAUUAGUUGAAAGAGUAUUUAGUGUAACAUUAUUUGUACAAUUCAGUGUGUCCUCAUGUAUAAUUUGUGUUUGCUUAUUUCGCUUCACUUUGCCCGCUCCGGUACAUUAUUACAUAUUUCUCGCAACGUAUAUGUUUGUGAUGAUGAUACAAAUAAUGGUUCCUUCUUUGUUUGGAACGCAAAUGAUAACAAAGAGUUGCCUGUUAUCUCAAGCAAUUUAUGGCUGCGACUGGACAGGCCGUUCUCGUCGCUUCAAGAGCAGCCUGAAACUCUUCGUCGAAAGAGCUAAUCGUCCACUCUCUAUUACGGGAUGGAAGAUGUUUCCACUUUCAUUGAAUACAUUUACAUAUAUAAUAAAUUCUGCGUACUCGUUCUUUACUGUGCUACGAUAUAUGCAAACAAAAGAGACUUAA